AUGGACGACCGAUCGCUCACCAAGCGCAUCCAGACGCUGCACAAGGCUGCUGCGAAAGAGCCUCCAUCCGUGGUCCUCCAGUUGCUGGAGGAGUUGAAGAAGGAGCCUGCCCCGACUGAAGAGCAGCUUCGUUCCACCAAAGCCGGCGUCGUCGUCGGUAAAAUGCGAUCAAACACCAACAAAGACAUCGCAAGAUUGGCUACCGAAAUCGUGUCCAAGUGGAGGAAGAACGUCGACUCGGCCAAGGACAAGCGCAAGGUUGAACUCGCCAAGGACUCGCCCACCCCGAAGAGCGUCAGCUCGCCUCUCCCUCCAUCAUCAUCUUCCAACAAGCCAUACGAGGGCGAUACCGAGAGACGGCAUUUCAAGACGGACAAGGUAGAUCUCAAGCGCACCGGUCAUCAAGCUCGCGACGGCUGUAUCGGCGUUCUUUACAACGGCCUGGCAUACAGGGCCACAGAGUCUGUCGAGGAGGUUGUCAGACUCGCCAUGGAGGUGGAGGCUGCCGCUUUCAGAGUUUUCAAGGGCGACACGCCAGAGUAUCGCCAAAAGAUUCGCGGCCUCAUGACCAGUUUGAAGCGCAAGGACAACCCUGCCUUGGGAAAGCGCGUACGAUCCGGAGCCAUCACGCCGGACACGUUUGUCAAGAUGACGGACGUUGAGCUUGCCUCGGAUGCCCAGCGUGCCGAGGACGAGAAGCUGCAGCAGGAGAACAUGAAGAAGGCGCAGGUGCCCAUGGCGGAGAAGUCGAUCAGUGAUGCUCUCAAGUGUGGCAAGUGCGGGCAGAAGAAGGUAUCGUACAGCCAGGCUCAGACUAGGUCUGCUGAUGAGCCGAUGACGACAUUUUGCGAAUGCACUGUGUGCGGUAACAGGUGGAAGUUCUCCUAGCGAGCAAGGCGUUUUCCUACUUUUUGUCGUGUUUUGGUUGGGAUUUGGCGUUUGGGGAACGCGCACCAUUUUCGUCUUUUGCUGCGUUUUUGCAUGAUACCCGAGCAGCGGCCAGGCAGUACUUGAGGCUCUGUCUCGGGGAUGGGAGAGGUGGCUGAAGGAUCCGGAGGAGGUAUUUACCUAUUUCUAUUGAACUCUAGAUUUAGAGCACAGGCUGUACUAUACGCAAUUUCACGAGAGGCCGAUGACAGUGAAGCAUGUCUGGGACUUUUGGGACAUGAUUAGCUUGGACAGUUCACAGGUCAGAACUACGCUCGCCAGCGAUCCCGACAAGGAGAUUUGCCGGACGUUUCUUACGAGAAUACAUAUAUCGGUAGUUGACAUAACAACCGUGAGUGGGUCGACUCACUGUCCCUUUUCUCGAGCUUUUCCGUAUCGAUGGCAAACCAACGUAUAAUGCAGCGAUGUUUCAUUUUCG